ACUUUUAUUAACGGUAGUCGUUUCCCUUUAAUAGACAACAUGAACAUAAGUCAAAAUCAAAAUGGGACAUCAAAAGCAAAAUGUAAAAGGAAAAAUGUACAUAUCUCCUCGUCAGAUUCAAGUGAAGAUGAAGAGGAAGCAAAAAAAAUUCAAGCAGCGAUUUGUGACGAAAGCUUGUUUAAUACUGUAAAACCAUUAAGCACAAACGAUACGGUUAACAUAAAUGGCAGUGCUGUAGAAAAGCCACAACUUAAGUCUAACAGAUCUUUAGAUGUUUGUCAGGAGGAUGAUCAUAACAUUUUAACUACCACCCCUGAAUUUCGUGCUUAUGUGGCUAAACAACUAUCUCAGUAUCUUGAUAAUGAAUUAGCUGAAUCAAUAUCAGACAAUGUUUGGCAUUCAAGUAACAAGAAAAAAAAUAAACAAACCGGGAUUAAACUUUUAUCAUCAUCUAAAGUAUUGUGUCAAUUAGAAGAUCCUCAAAAAUCAUCAGCUCCACCCCCACAGCUGUUGAAUCACCAACCCAGAAAACACAAGUUGAGCACAAGUUCAGAAAGCUCAGAAGAUGAGAAAAUUUCAGCAUGUGUAUUUUCUGUAACAGACAUAGAAGAAGAAAAUGAAAGGCUGGAUGGGAUUAAGUCGCAGACUAAAGCAAUAGUGGACUCUGUCCAGGCUACUGUUAAAGAAGUUACAAAAAAGAAGAAAAAGAAAAAAAAGAAAAAGAAAAAGAUUUUGGAAAAGUCUUAAUGUAUUGUUAUUGUUUUUAGGUGGUCUUUAAAAUACUAAUGUAUAUAUAAAUAUUUUUUUGUUUGUGUUUUAUUUUUUUAGAAUUUCAAUUCAAUUUAGAAAUAACUUGUUUUUCUAUCUAUGUUGGGAAAACUUGAGCCGAGUGAACAAAGAAAGUAUAAUUGUGAUGUAAAAUAAAAACUUGAUCUGGAACACUUUAAAUAAGCCUCUGACAGAGGUUAGCUCAAUGCUACUUUUCUAUAUUAAAUAACAUUCAAGCCAGAUAUUGUAAAUAAAUUAUAGGCCCACUCUUUGUCAUUGAUACCACCAUACAAAAAAAAACCAUUUGUUAAAAAUUUUCAGUUGCAUGCAUUUUCCUGUCUAAAUGUGAAAUACACUAAUGAGUUAUUCAUAAAACAUGUUCUUGUGGUGGGGAUUUAACCUAUUGUGAUGAGGAGACUGAACAUCAAAUUUUAUUUAUUUUACAAUACUUUAGCAGUUUUUUCUGUCAUUAAAAUGUACAUAAUACUACCAAUCUCAGUUGGUAUUUUAAAGAAAAUUAAGAACAAACAUUGCAACCCCAUGGUAGACAUUACGAUGCAGCUGGGCUUUGAAAAAGUAACAUCUGUUAACGUUUAGUGAUAGGUAAAAUAGUUCUUGGUCGCGGGCAACACGUUAUACAACUCUAACUUAUGCAGUACGAUUUUUAAAACUUGAUUGCUUCCCCUGCAGCUUGUGGGUCAGAUUCUUCACACCCUUGACACGAAUAAAUAGACUUCCACGAAAUUGUUUCUCCUUCGAGUUAUUGUUCUUUCCAUCCUUCUCUUCACGCAUGUGCAGUGGUAGUAUAAACACUGUUACUGACCGACUAUCUGCAAUGUGUUUUUGAUUUGUUGUAGUUAUAGAAAAGCUUGUGUGAACUGGCACACAAGCUUGGUAGCCAUGUGAAGUUCGAGGCAAGUUAUCGGCCUUUUUCGUGCAGCUACAAAGAACUGUUACAAAUAUUGAUUUUCUUUUCACUUAUGGGAUAGUUUUUAAGUUUCCCUGUUACAAGCAUCUAGACUAGACACUAGACUAGUCGUUGUUCUGUUUUGGAAGAGUUGGAGCAUUCUGUUGUCUCUGCAGAUUACUAGCUUUG